AUGAAAUUUUCUACUAUUUUCGCUAUUCCAUUUGCAAUUGCCUUUGCUAAUGCUGCUGCUGCUCCAGCUGUUACCGCUGCUCCAGCUGCUGAUAACCCUUAUACUGCCUAUCCUAGUGUCCCUAAAACUGCUUCAAUUAACGGUUUCGCUGAUAGAAUCUACGAUCAAAUUCCAGAAUGUGCUCAAGAAUGUGUUAAGCAAAGUACCAGCUCCACUCCUUGUCCAUAUUGGGAUACUGGUUGCUUGUGUGUUAUUCCUAACUUUACAGGUGCUGUUGGCAACUGUGUUGCAACUAAAUGUCGUGGUGCUGAUGUUACCAAUUUUAGAAAACUAGCUGUCGAUGCUUGUUCUGCUGCUGGUGUUUGGGAUCCAUACUGGAUUAUUCCAGCAAGUGUCUCAAGUGCUUUGGACGCUGCCGCUACUGCAGCUGGUAACUAA